UUUAUCGAUGCGCAUGCUCAACCGUAAUUUAGGAGCCGUUGCUACGCAAGGCGCUACUUCUUAGUAAUGGAUGAGUUCCAGACUGGAGAAGAUACUACGUUUGUUGUUGACGAAGUCAGUGCUGUCAUCAAGGAGGGUGUGGAAACUGUAAUCGGGAGCAGUUCGUAUCACCACAACAAAGUCAACCAAUGGACGUCUAGUGUCGUUGAGCAGUGCCUCAAUCAACUGACAAAAAUGAACAAACCUUUCAAAUACAUUGUGAGUUGUGUGAUCAUGCAAAAGAAUGGAGCUGGCUUGCAUACAGCUUCCUCUUGUUUUUGGGACUGCGCAACUGAUGGCAGCUGUACUGUGAGAUGGGAGAACAAGUCAAUGUAUUGUAUUGUAAGUGUGUUUGGAUUGGCAAUUUAAAUUGAGCUGUUCAGCGUUGGAUUGCACUGAGAAUUAUCAGCCAUGCCAAUAACUUGAGGGCGUAGGCUAGCACAUGUAGCAGUACUUUUAUUAGCUAGUUGAAGUUAACAUUUAUCUUGAUUGAACUUGCAACGUAUUGAGACUCUUCCAUUAUUUCGCUUCUCCUGUGUUUAUGACUGCUUGUAGCUUUGGUACUAUGGCUGGUGUGUGAGUUCAAGAGACAAUCGCAUGGUUUAAUUAUGCAACUGUAAUAUGUACUGUAAGGAAGUUUUUUUCUCUGCAGUGGAAUUAGACUGUUUUAGUUUGUUAUGCAUUGUGUAAUUGACAAACAUUUACUGACUUGC